UUUCAGUCUUGACUUCCUUGGCCAGUUUCGCCGCCUGUUCAGGAGUACUGUGGUUGCUGCCCGUGGAUGUUCAAAUCCUCCUCCCUCGUCCGUCUCACCCCUCCCCCUGUCCUCCUCCGGGAGAUCAGCAUCAACGUCUGCCUCGCCUUGUCCAGCGCCUCGGCCCUGGUUUUCGGCACGGCGGUCGGGCAGCCAGACCCUGCCUUUGCCACAAGGCUGCUCCUCCUGCUCUCCUGCGUCGGGCUGUGCGCCGGCCCGGCCUUCUGCUCGCUGUGCCUCUUGCAGGCGUCGGCGUCCAUGUUCCCUGCGCCGGCGUGCGCCACGGGCGCGGCGCUGUGCCUGGGCCUGGGGCGCGUGGGCGCCGCCGCCGCGCCGCUGGUGGCCGACCUGGUGCUGCGGGCCACGGGCAGGUGGGGCGGCUUUUUCAUCCUUUGCACGCUGAUGGAGGUCGCGGCGCUGCUGGUGGUGGAUUCCCUGCCGCUGCCAGACUGGGCCCACAGAGCCGAGUCCAGUCUCUGACUCGAUCGGGCGGCCACCAGGGAGCAAGACCGACCCAGAGAGGGGGCUCCCGGGGAGCUUGCAGAAAAAGAUCGGCAAAUGAUGCUGGCAAGCGGCCGAUCCGUGCUCCAGGUGCUCAUCCUCGCCCCCCCCUCUCUCUCACAUCUAUGCCCUUCCGCUUCCCCCGCCCUUCCGUGUCGCUUUUUGCCUCGCAUCCCCGAGCGGCGCUGAUGGGAGAG